UUACUUACUAACCUAAAAAUCCUCGACUGGCUUCCUAGGCUAUUUUUUAUAAUUUCACAACAAAAUUAAUAGACAAGUUGUGAUAAAACUUUUCUACAAAUCACCGAUUAAUUAUUGUUUAUAUCACCAUCCCAACAACUCUGAAGAUCACUGAAGAUCAACAAGGAAGAUUGUGUGCUUGUAUUUUGUCAAUUUAAAAAUAUAAAUAAGUAAAGUGAAAUGUCAUCGUUGCGGAGAAAAAUUCGUGUUGUUAAGUGAAAAAGAAAAAUUAAACAACCCAAGAAGAUCUUAGUGACAUUGUUCCUUUAUAUUCAGCCAAAGGAUUGUAUUUAAAACCGAUUGCUAAGAUAAAUAUAUCUGUUAAUCUUCCCCAAUUGAAGACUCCAGGAACCAAAAGAGUAAUUGAAAAAAAUGGCGGGUUACUUAUAAAAUUUAAAACUGGAAUAUCUCUAGGCAUAGCAGGUUUUACAGCACAUUACUACAAUAUCAAUAGGAAAAACACUGUCAACAUGGGAGGUAAUGGAGAAAUUGCGUUUGCUGAUACGUCCGGACGAGUUUGCGUCCCUGAAAGUCUCCAAAAGUACUCUAGAGUUUUUGCGCCUGGAGGCAGAUUUGACGGACAAGUGUCGGAUGGCCCAGGUGCUAAGUCGUCUCGAGGGCCAGCGGCUAAACCUGGCCGGGUUUGCAAGUAUCCUCAAAGUACGAGCCGUCGAAGCAAAGGAUGACUUUCCAUCAAAGCACACCUGGGACUCUUUUUUUCGCGAUGCCAAGCACAUGAAUGAGCUGAAACCUGGCGAGCGUCCUGACACCAUUUAUAUUUCUGGAUUGCCGGUCAAAUGGUUCAGCGAAGACGGCGGCAAAACACCCAGUGAACUGUUGUGUAUGAAAAUUUUCAAGAAAUGGGGAACUAUCAGGCACAUUGAUGUACCUGCUGCUGAUCCAUACAGAUCAAGGAUGAGAUUAGAUAAUAAUAUUAAUAAAAAAAGUAAUUUAAAUGAUGGAAUAUUUUUUGAUGUUUACGUUCAAUAUGUUGAGUAUGUUGAUUUUGUUAAACUUAUGGAUUCACUGCGUGGGAUGAAAGUUUUGAAAAAAGAAGAUAAUAAUUAUUUAACUGCAAUUGUUAAGGUUGAUUUUGAUAAAACAAAACAUAUGAGUGAUAAUUCAGUAUCAAGACGUGAAUUCGAACGUAAACGACUUAUUGCUCAAGAUCAUAUGGCUAUGGAAAAAUUGCGAAAACGUGAAGAAGCUGAGGCUAAGAAAAAAGAAGAAGAAUUAAAAAAAGAAGUAGCUGAUAAAGAUGCAAAAUAUAUGAGACGUAAAAAACGGGAAGAAAAACGCAAGAGGAAAGCAUUGACGAUAUUCAGAAAACAGGAAGAAGAUAAAGUAUCUAUGAAAAUUGCACGCGAGGAACAAAAACUAAUCAAAGCUCAACGACAAUUAGAAAGUAUCAGAUUGUUAGACGAGUUGUUUGAUCGAAUUAAGAUAAAACUUGAAAAGGGAGAAAUUACAAUCGGUGAUAAAAGUAAUUCUAAUGAAAAAAGCAAAGAUGCCGAUGAAAAAAAUAGCGAUGGUAAUGAUAAAAGUGAAAAGAAGGAUAAAAAAUCCAAGAAGAAGAAAUCGAAAAAAGUUAAAAAAAAAAAGAAAAAAGAUAAGAAAAAUGUAACGAGUUCUAGUGAUGAUUCAGAUGAAGGAACUAACAAGAAGAAACUUAAAAGUGCAUUGGCUAUUAAACCAGAUUCAUAUCCAGGAGCUUCCACGGCGGAUCAGAACAUGGGAUUCCAGCCAAUGUACGGCCAGUUUCCUCAGCCUUGGUUCUACGACGCAGCGGCGAUGAUGUUUCCGGGGAGAAUGCGGGGUCGAGGUGGCGACGGAGCCAAUCCAAUGAAUCGGUUCUUUCGAGGCCGAGGUCGCGGCGGAUUUUCUGGGCGUCGAGGCCGCGUAAAUCCGCGAGGGAUGCAUUUGUUCAACCCACACUCGUACAAUGACCAGUACUACAAGUACUUUGCUAACCUAGCCGGCAUCGACUACUACGACAGCGAUCACUCCAGGUCUAGGUCCAAGUCGCGGUCCAGGUCGUGGAACCGUGACAGGUCAAGAUCAAGAUCAAGAUCAAGAUCUAGAUCUAGAUCCCGUACGAAGAGACGAAGGCGUAGAAGUAGAAGCGAAAGUCCACGAUCAAAGUCCAGGUCACGAUCAAGGUCCAGGUCUAGAUCCAGAUCUAGAUCUAGAUCUAGAUCUAGAUCCAAAUCCAGGUCACGAAGACGCACCAAGUCAAGAUCCAGAUCGAGAUCCAGGCGCUCACGUUCGAAAUCAACCAGAAGGUCCAGAUCGCACUCGGGAAAUAAGUUCAGAUCCUCGCGCCAGACCGUCAAGCGCAAACAUAGCAAGGUUAAAGUUACGCGCGCUAAAUCACGGUCUGUGUCGCCUAAAAGGCAAUCAAGAAGCAAGUCGUGGUCACUUCCUAAAUCUCCAAGACAACGAAGCUGCUCGUGGUCGAAAAAUGUUGACGAUGUGGAUGAAAAUUUAAAGAAUAACUCAAAUAAUACAUGAUACGUCUGCCCUUCAACUAUCUAAGACUUAAAACUGUCCGAUUUUUUUGAUAAUGUUUCAAUUCUUCCGUUCAUUACUUCAUAUUAUUUUUUGUCAUUUUUCUUAUAAAUAAAGGUGGUUAAUUAACAUAAA